CACUUUUCUGCCAAACUGAAACUCUCCGGUUGAGACCGAGGGAGGAAGAUGGCGGCCACUGACCGUUCCCGGUCCGAUGCUGCGAAGCAGCGGCGGCAGGAUCAGCUGCAGCGGUGGCAGGGCUCGGAGACGGACCAGACCGGGACAGAAGCGAGAGGCCUGUCCUCCGCUUCCGGAAACCGACGGGCCCGAGUGCGCUUCGCUCAGGGCGCCGUGUUUAUGGCCGCCUGCUCCGCCGGGGACCGGGAGGAGGUGGCGGAGCUUUUGCGACAGGGAGCCGAUAUCAACCACGCCAACGUAGACGGAUUGACUGCGCUGCAUCAGGCGUGUAUUGAUGAAAAUGCAGAAAUGGUUCAGUUUCUGAUGGAGAGCGGCAGUGACGUGAACAGAGGAGACAAUGAAGGCUGGACGCCCCUUCAUGCGUCUGCGUCCUGCGGUUUCAUCCAGAUCGCAAAGUACUUGAUAGAUCAUGGCGCACAUGUUGGAGCGGUGAACAGCGAGGGUGAACUUCCUUUGGACGUCGCCACGGAGGAUGCCAUGGAGAGAUUGCUGAAAGCAGAGAUUAAAAAACAGGGUAUUGACGUGGAACAUGCAAGGAGAGAAGAGGAGAGAGUGAUGUUACAUGACGCAAUGUCUGUGCUAGAAGGAGGAGGCUCUCUGCUCCCGCAUCAAAACACUCGGGCCACAGCGCUGCAUGUUGCUGCUGCUAAAGGAUACAUUGAGGUGUUAAAGGUGCUGUUAAAGUGUCCGUUAGACGUGGACAGUCGGGACAGUGAUGGCUGGACGCCUCUCCAUGCUGCGGCUCACUGGGGUCAGGAUGAGGCCUGCGGUCUUCUCGCUGAGCACAUGUGCGACAUGAGCGCUGUCAAUAAUGUGGGCCAAACUCCACUCGAUGUUGCCGAUGAGAACAUUGUUGAUAACUUGGAGGAACUGCAGAAGAAGCAGAAUGCUAUGCGUUCAGAGAAACAGAAGAUCCAGACCCCCGUCAUUGACACCAGCCCACCUGUUUCAAUGGCACCAGCUCGCCCUCGCAGGACAUCCAUUUCUCGUAUGAGCAGCAGAGAGAAGAUCACCCUGCAUGAGAGAGAGAAACAUGCCCCGCCCACACUCCAGACUCCUCCCACCGAAGAGGAAGAGGAAGAGUCGCGUGCAACAGUCCCACCCAAAGCCUCCAGCAGCUCCAGUUCAGAGGAAGAGAGUGAAUCAGAGAGUGACGCUGAGUCAGAAAAAGCUAAAACCCGGGAAAUGAUCAACAACUUGAACAACAAACGCAACAAUGCUGCUCCUGUAGCAACCACUUUGGUGACCAAUACUGCCGGAAAUCAGGCCGAACCUGUUCGGGCCACAGUAACAGAAGCUCCUGGUUCCUGGAGAACAUCUUUGCGUAAAGCAGGAAGUUCUGUAACUCUGGGCCCUACGGGGGCUUCUGACCCAUCCAGUGAGGCCCUCAAGGAGAAUAAACUGGGAAUGGCACGCUCAUUAUCUAGUCCCAGACUAAGCUCUGAAUCUGAUAAUAAGGAACCCAGGUUGGCCCGCGUGCAGCCCACUCCAUCUCGGCGUUUGUUCAGUAUCUCAGACACCACCACCACUAACCCCGACAACACCAGCAGCUUGUUAAGCCGGAGCUUAUCGUACACUCGCCGGUUGAACAGCCAGUCCUCUAGUGAGAUGUCGGGUCAGAACCCACUGUUACCUCACAGCUCGUCUUAUGGAAGGAAGCUUGAUGACCCCUCAGUGACCUCUGUAACCAUGGGAACCUCUGGACUCAGUCGCCUCAAUAAUCUAGUGGCUCAAAGGUCAGCUCAGGAGGAGGCCGAGAAGAAGAAGGAACCCGUUUCUGUGAUGACCUCCAAUUCUACAACCACGACAACCACAGCAGGCGAGCCAGAGACCAAACAGAGACGCAAGUCCUAUCUGACUCCGGUGCGUGAUGAGGAGGCGGAGGCUCAGAGAAAGGCCAGAUCCAGACACGCCCGCCAGUCCAGGCGUUCCACUCAGGGUGUCACUCUCACAGACCUGCAGGAAGCAGAGAAGACAAUGACGGAAAACAGGGGAAAAGAGAAGAAAGAGGACGAGGAAAAAGAAGCAAAGCAAAAGAAGGCAGAGGAAGGGGAGGUGAGCUGGCGGUCUCGUAUUGCUAACCUGCAGAAGUCGGAUUUAUUAGGACUCACACACCCGCCUGGUGCUCCACGUCCUGACAGACAGGAUUUGGACAGUGCUAUCGCAGAAAUUGAGGAGCGUGCGAGGGAGCGCAGGCGGGCCAGAGCUCGCAGGAGAGGAAGAACAGGAGAGAACGAUGAUAAUGAGCCCAGUGGAGAGGAUGAGAGUGGUGGUGGGCGGGACCCACAGACAGACAGACACAUGAGCAGCAGGUCUGAUCCAGUAUUGAAUGACAAAUCCAGGGACUUUAAAAAGUUGUUCGAGGAGAUGUCCAGGGAAAACCGCCGUCUGCAGUCACAGUUAUCAGACACGCAGAGAACUAUUUCACUGACACGAGUGGAGCUGGAAAAAGCCACACAGCGGCAGGAGAGGUUCACAGACUGCACGGCUCUGUUGGAAAUGGAAAAGAAGGAAAGAAAAAUGUUAGAGAGGCGUGCCUCUGAAUUGGAAGAGGAGUUGAAGGUUUUAGGGGAUCUGAGAGCCGAUAACCAGAGGCUGAAGGACGAGAAUGGAGCGCUAAUCAGAGUCAUCAGCAAACUCUCCAAAUAGACAGAGAAGAAGAGUGAAAGAGAAAGAGAAAAAGA